AUCUAUCUAUCUAUCUAUUAGAAGAAAGCCAAGAGGAAGUGUGCCUGGACCUGCAUUACAAGAGACAAGUAGAUAGAUGACCUAACCCAACCCAGGCCAGGCCACCUGCUCCGACUCGGCUCUCCACCCCACAUCCCACAUCCUUCUCCCCUCCUGUCGUCUCUCUCGCCUCUGCUCUGCCUUCGUCGUAUCGUAUCUCCUCCCCUCUCUGUUUAUCUCCGCCCUCCUCCACCUCGUCUUCUUGCUUGCUAUCUAGCUAGCUCCACCUCCAUCCACAGGCAUCUCCGAUCCCUCUUCCGUUAGUUAUUAAGAUAGUAGAAAAUCAGUCAAAGAGGAGAAUUGGCAGCCGGCGGUUCAUCAUCGUCAUCGAGUCCACACAGCAAAAGAAACAGAUUGAUCGAGGAGCACGACUGUUGGGCUCCAGAUUGAGGAGCAAAAGAAAGAUAUGGACAAGUACGAGCCCGUUCGGGAGAUCGGGGCGGGCAACUUCGGUGUGGCGAAGCUGAUGCGGAACAAGGAGACGCGGGAGCUCGUGGCCAUGAAGUUCAUCGAGCGAGGGAACAGGAUCGACGAGAAUGUUUUCCGCGAGAUCGUCAACCACCGCUCCCUUCGUCACCCCAACAUCAUCCGCUUCAAGGAGGUGGUGCUGACGCCGACGCACCUUGCGAUCGUGAUGGAGUACGCGGCCGGCGGCGAGCUGUUCGAGCGCAUCUGCGAGGCCGGGCGGUUCCACGAGGACGAGGCGCGCUACUUCUUCCAGCAGCUGGUGUGCGGGGUGAGCUACUGCCACGCCAUGCAGAUCUGCCACCGCGACCUCAAGCUGGAGAACACGCUGCUGGACGGCAGCCCGGCGCCGCGCCUCAAGAUCUGCGACUUCGGCUACUCCAAAUCGUCGGUGCUGCACUCGCGCCCAAAGUCAACGGUCGGCACGCCGGCGUACAUCGCGCCGGAGGUGCUGUCCCGCCGCGAGUACGACGGCAAGCACGCCGACGUCUGGUCGUGCGGCGUCACGCUCUACGUCAUGCUCGUCGGCGCAUACCCGUUCGAGGAUCCGAAGGACCCAAAGAACUUCAGGAAGACAAUCUCGAGGAUCAUGUCGGUGCAGUACAAGAUCCCGGAGUACGUGCACGUCUCCCAGAACUGCCGAAACCUGCUCUCCCGCAUCUUCGUCGCAAACCCCUACAAGAGGAUCACCAUGAGCGAGAUCAAGAGCCACCCCUGGUUCCUCAAGAACCUGCCGCGGGAGCUCAAGGAGGAGGCGCAGGCCGCCUACUACAGCCGCCGGGGAGGAGACGCCGCCGGCGCAAGUGGCAGCAGCAACAAUGCCAAUGCCAAUGGCAACGCCCCCGCCGCCACCUACUCGGCGCAGAGCGUGGAGGAGAUCAUGAGGAUCGUGCAGGAGGCGCAGACGGUGCCCAGGCCGGCCAGACCCGUCUCCGGCUACGGCUGGGGCGCCUCGGACGAGGAGGAGGCAGGGCAAGACGAGGAGGAGGAAGACGACUACGACAGGACGGUGAGGCAGGUGCACGCCAGCGGGGAGUUCGACAUCAGCAAGCUCCAGAUCUGAAUCUCAUUAGCCUUCAUUCUCCAAAUCUGAUUAUUAGCAUGCAUUCUGUGUUCGUUCUAGUACUAUUUACUUGUACAUCAUAUCAUAUGGGCGAACGCGCCAUUAUUUUUUGUUAGCACCUCUCCCCCUUCCUUUU